AUGAGCUCGUGUUUGACAGCGUUGGUAUGUUCAAGCUGCACAUACAAUCCAAAAUGCACAUCCCAAAUCCUCGCAAUCCUCACCACGUUCCUCAGCCUCACGCACGCCGCCAAAUGGCGCACCAGCGGCAACAGUAACCUAUGCGCGGGCUCGCACGACCCGGACGACCGGGACUCAACAACCAUGGCGGGAUGCGACGCCAGCGACGCAUCGCCACUGAAACAGGACUGCCGCGACAUGCUAGACACGAUCGACCAGGCGGACUGA